AUGAGAAGUGUGCACAAAAGGGAAUGGCAACCCAAGUUGACGGCUAUUACGGAAUCAAAAGAUUUGAAAACUAUGGAUCUUGCAACCUUGUUCGGCAAGCUCCAAGAGUAUGAAAUGGAGCUAACUAGAAUAACCUUGAAGGAACAAGCCAUCAAGAAAAGUAGGGGAAUUGCCUUGAAAGCCUCAAAACCAAGCAAAGAAAAGGAUGAGGAAAAAGAAGAUGGAGAUUCCGAAAAUGGUCUUGAUGAAGAUGAGAUGGGUCUCUUCAUAAAGAAGUAUGGAAAAUUCUUUCAGAAGAACUUCUCAAAGAAAUCCGCAUUUCCUCCUAGAAGAAGAUCUAAGGAUGAAGGAUCCUCACAACUCACCAUCACUUGCUUUGAAUGUGGAAAAACCGGUCACUACAAAUCCGAUUGUCCAAACAUUCAAAAGAAAGACAAAUAUGAAAAGAAGCAAGGCAAGGAUAGAAGGAACUUCAAGAAGGCUUAUCUUGCUUGGGAUGAUGAAUCUAGUUCUUCCGAUGAUGACUCCAAGGAAGAAGCAAACCUAUGCUUCAUGCAAGAUGGAAGACCACCGGAGAAAUCAAGCAAAGGAACUCAACAUAUAUGUCUAAUGGCAAAUGAGGACAAAAAUGAAUCCGAAACCGAGGUAAACUCAUCUUGCUCUACUAUUUCCCCUUCAUAUGAUGAAUUGUCUGCCAUGUUUGAAGAAAUGCAUAAUGAAACCCUAAAACAUGUUAAAACUCUUAGAGCAUCAAGAAAAACUAUUUGUUCCUUGGAAAAACAAAUUGUGUCUUUAGAAAAAGAAGUGAAAGAUUUAAAAGAUGAAAAUGAAACUCUCAAAUUACUUGAUGCUAGCACUAGUUGUAUCAAAUGCCUAUCUUCAAAUGAUCAUGCAUCUUCAUCAUCAUGUACUUCAUGUAAAGAUUUAAACAAUGAAAUUGAUGAUUUAAAUGAAAUUCUAAGCAAAUUCACAUGUGGAAGAGAUAACUUAAAUGUGUUGCUUGGUCAUAGUGCAUCCACAUGUAAAGUUAGAAAGAAUGGUAUUAUUGGGCAAAAGAAAGUGUGGGUUUGCUUAAAGGCUAAAAGCUCCAAAUGGUACUUGGAUAGUGGUUGCUCAAGUCACAUGACGGGAGAUGUAACUAAAUUCCAAUCAUUCACAAAGAAAGAGCAUGGACAUGUUUCCUUUGGAGAUAACAACAAAGGAAAGAUUCUCGGUAUUGGAAAAGUUG